UUUUAUUCAUGCACCCCUACCAACAUUAUACGUCAUAUUCAUGCGCCUUUGUUUUUGUGUUCAUGAAGGAGCGAGUGAUUAAAAGUAGCUACAGUAAGGUUAUAGAGCUGGGUACAACAUGGUGGUGUUCCCAAGCUCCUUGACAGAGGAAGAGGAGUCUCUGCAGAAGAAAUAUGCCAAACUCAAGAAAAAGAAAAAGGCCCUGCUGGCUUUGAAGAAGCAGCAGAGUUCAACCAGCCAGACCAAUCAGAGUGGAUUGAAGCGCACUUUGUCAGACCAGCCUGUGCUAGAUACAGCGACAGCUACAGAGCAGGCGAAGAUGCUGAUCAAGUCUGGGGCCAUCAGUGCCAUCAAGUCGGAGAACAAGAACUCUGGCUUUAAGCGCUCUAGAACACUAGAGAUCAAGCUCAAGGAUCCAGAGAAAGUCCCAGGCCCUGUGGCUUUCCAACCAUUCCAAAGGAGCAUGUCCACAGAUGAUGAGCUUUCUGAGGCUGGCAAAAGAGCCCACAGAAAAUCUCUGUACGAGAGCUUCAUCACUCCAGGCGACCGAGCAGCUCGUGAUGAGGAGGAGGGAGGCGGCCUGUCCACCAGCAAAGACCUAGAGCGAGAGAGAGACAGAGGAGACCGAGAGAUGGACAGAGAGAGAGAGCGUGACAGAGAGAGGGAGAGAGACCGGGGCAGCGGCGACCGGGGCAGGGACAGAGAGCUGCGAGACCGCGAGAGGAGUGACAGAGACAGGAGCCGGGACGGAGAGCGUGACCGGGACAGGGGAGGAGAGAGAGAGUCACGUGAGCGAGACGGACCAUUCAGACGUGAAUAUUCUUUUACUGAACUUCUGUCUUUCAUGUCUUUAAUCACUGGCAUUCUUAAAAGGAUGUUCCAAUCAAAAUACAAGUUCAAAGAGCGAAUAAUGUUACUUUUUUCUUCCCCCUUAUCUUCUCUCUCCCUCUCAGGAUCAGACUCAUACCCAGAGCGGAGGGGGGUGAGGAAGGGGAACACGGUGUAUGUGUAUGGAACUGGCCUUGUGGAGGACAGCCUGCGUUUAGCCUUCUCCCAACAUGGCACCAUCAUUGACCUGUCCAUGGACUCCCAACGCAACUGUGCAUUCAUCACCUUUGAAAAGAUGGAGUCUGCAGACCAGGCUGUAGCAGAGGUAAGUAUAGCUCUAGCUCCCAACUUAAUUCAUUAUAGUGUAAAACCUAUAAUCUAUACACUCUUCUCCCAGUUGAAUGGAAGCACAGUGGGAGAUGUCCCCAUAAAAGUCAGCAUCGCUAGGAAGCAGCCGAUGCUGGAGGCAGCCACCGGCAAAUCUGUCUGGGCCACUCUGGCUGUACAGAACAGUGCCAAAGGCUCCUACCGAGACAAGAGGAACCAGGUUGUGUACAGUGAGGAUUUCCUAUGAGCUGGAUGGGCGUGCUGCAUUGGAGAUCUGUAAGGAGUAGUCAUCAAUGAUUUAGUGUUAGCUUUGUUUGUAUGCUUUUUUUCUAUAUUGCAUUUUGAGUUUGUUGUUGAUUGCCUGUUAGCCCGAUACAGAACCACGUGUCAGUUGUUCUGAGUAGGUGCUACAGUUCUAUACAUGGCCAGGAUUUGUAAUGGCAAUGACCACGUGAAAAGAGAUUGUGGUUGGCAUGGUGGCCUGGUCUUGCUCUUGUAACCAGGGGAUUCAUUGUUUUGGGGAGCUCAAUAAAUCACUUCAAUACA